AUGAUGCCUGUGCUUCACGAUCUAGUCUCAUUUAUUCCGAUCUUAAGUACUUCAAAAUGGCAGUUAAUAUACAUAAUGGGCAGAGUUAACAUGGCGGGGAUGUUUAUGAACAGCGGGUUAGAGGUUGGAGAUAAAAUAACUUAUGGUGAAAUUGUUGAUAUUGACAAUGAUGUCAUUGGAUCAAUAGCUGAAGUUUUCGAAAAUAAGGCGAAGAAUGAAAAUGAUUUGAUGGAAAUGCGAGUUUGUUACAAUUGGCAACUUUAUUUGAUCAAUUGUCCGGGAACUAAGCUUCUUACUGGAGAAAUACGAAGCAGAGAAAUAAUUUAUCUCGACCAUGUUUCAAAACUAGAAUAA